AAAUCAACUUAGUUCAGAAUUAACUAUCUCAACAACUCGCUUUGACAUUCGAAAAUUAUACCACAAAUAUAAAAAGAAAAUAAAAUUUGAAUUAUAAUCGAUGGACAGCAUUACAAGUUGGAUAAAUGGCGACUCCUUUUCUGGCUUGAUGCAGAACAUAAUGCAGUUAAAUGUGUAUUUGCUGCUCUUUUCAUUUGUGGGCGCUUUGUUGGUGCUCUACAACUGUCGUUUAUUCUAUGAAUUGAUAUGUUGUGUUGAUUGUGAUGAGCAGCAAGGAGCAGGAGAUAGGUUAGUAGAUGCACCUGGCUUCGAUUAUGGCGUCAGUAAUGGACCACACACCUGGCAGAGUGCAGACAACAAUCAGAGUCCGAUAAACAUUGAAACAUCGGACGCAGUUUUGCAUUGCUUCGACAAUCCUUUGUUGUGGCUGGGAUACGAUGUGAUGCCCUCGGCCAUUCGCCUGCAGAACGAUGGUCGAACCUUAAAGCUGCAUGCUGCCUAUCCAGAUGAGAUACCCAGCAUAGAUGGCUGCGAUUUGCUGGGCAGCUUUAGCUUCCAUGAGAUCAGCUUUCGCUGGAGCUGGUAUAAUGAAACGGGCUCAGAGCACACGGUGGAUAACGAACACUUUCCCAUGGAGAUGCAGUGUCUGCACACGGAUGCCACAGAUCACAAACAUGCCUCGAGUCACGGCAUACUGAUUGUCUCUUAUAUGUUUUCUGUAUCUACAGAGAAUCCUUAUUUGGAUGUGAUCAUUCAGCAUCUGGUGUCAGUUCAAUCAGCAGGCAGGCAAGUGGAGAUUCCUCCCUUUCCGCUGCGGUAUCUGAUGCCCGCCUUCUCAACGGACUUUUACAGCUAUCACGGCUCGCUGACUGAGCCACCUUGCCACCGUGGUGCCGAGUGGUUCAUCUCGCCCAUGUCGUUGGCCAUCAGUGAGCGGCAACUGCACGAGUUCCGCAAACUGCGCAAUCGCAGCGGAGCUCGCAUCUCUCGCAAUGCGCGUCCUGUGCAGCCUCUUUGCGACAGAGAUGUUUUCUUUAAUCGCUAUGAAUCGCGUAGAAGAUAAAGUUUUUAACAAGUUUGUGAAUUGUGCUUGUUUGUGAAAUUUAACCAUGAUACGAAUUUGUAGCCGGGCUUGCCAAUAAAAAGUUUAUAAAUGCGCUACAGUUCAAU